AUGAUAAAUACAUUAGAACAAAAUUGCAUCCAAGUUUUGACUGAAGAAUCUGAUAAGCUGCGUGAUGCUCGUCCUUGGAGCCAGGAAAAAGUUAUAAGUUCUUAUGGCACCAAAAUUAAAUGUGUUUUAAAAUCCCAAGACAAGCUUUCCAGUCCUCUGCAAUUCAAAAAACGAAAUUUUUGCAUAAAUUUUAACAAAGAUAGCUUAAAGCCUAUGAAGUUAAAUCUCGAGCUUCAUCCAACUCAAGAAGAAUCAUUAAUCAGGCUUUCAAUGUUUCCAACUCCUCCAAAAGCAGAUAUACAGUGCUAUAUUAAAUUCUAGAUAAUACCUUUUCAAAUUAGUUUAUAGAGAGAUAGCCACCACUAAUAAAUAAAAUAAGUUAUAUAAGAUUUUCUUCUAAAUAUCCAUAUAGAAUAUAACAGAAAAUAAGAUAAAAUUAUAUUAAAAUGAUAUAAAUGGUAUUCACAUAAACCAGAUAAAAAAUCUCCAGAAUGCAAAUGUAAAUGCUUAUCAAUUGAUAAAGGAAUUUAUACAAGCUUUAAUAUUGAAGACCAUUGCGAUUCUCCAGACUGUUUAAUGAAAAUACAUAAACCACCCAAAUCAAUUUUGUCUUUCCCCAAAAGAGAACAUGCAAGAAUCCUAUCAUAUACACCUAAUGCACAUAGGUUCCCAAGCCCGAAAUCUGAUUAUAUAUCUUUAAGACGUGCAGGCUGUAGGUCGACAAGCCCCGAUUUUGUUAUAUCAAGGAUACCUAUAAGUGGCAUUGGAAAUCAAAUCAUAUCGCCAAACAAAACCGAAAUCGAUAUUAAAAAUAAAAGCUCAACUAAGAUCCACGGGCUAAGGGGAGCAGAUCUAACUUCACCAAGCGAACUAAAGCUCCCUUUAAUAUGCAGAAGUCUAAUAUAUUAG